GCAGCCAGCUGAUCGUUGCUCUGGCAUUCAGAGAGAGAGGGAGCUGGGCGAGUGGCAGAGCCUCAUAGGAGAGCCGUUGGUCCUGUAACACCCAGGAAGAAAGAGGAAGCUGAGAAAACAAGUCGGCCAGAGGUCCGUUCCAGGAAGGGAAGUGCCCCAGUACAAUGCAGGGGGCAGACUGGAAGGGGGACUCGUGGAGGAAGUGAAGACACGGCCAGGGCUGCCGAGGCACUCGUGGUGAUAUAAAACCCACAUCCGUGUCUCCCUCAGAGAGGGCAAGCGAGAGAAAGGGAAAUAAAUUUUGCACUGUUUUCAGAGUGCAAGGCGAAGCCUGUGCCCCUCUCUGUCUUGCGGCUCGCGUGAACUGAGACGAGGCUCGGCGCGCCAUGUCGUACAGCCCGUGGUCCAUGCUGUCGCCCGUGCAGUGGGCCAAGUGGACCUGGUCGGCGGUUCGAGGCGGAGGGGACGAGGAACAACAGCAACAGCAGGAGGAGGAGGAGGAGGGUGGCCAGCGGGCCGAGGGGGAGCUGAGGGAUGAGGAAGAGCUGUCUCAGGAGGAGGAGAAGUCCGUGGGCUGCAGCUCUGACUCUGAGGGCAACUUUGAAACGCCUGAGGCGGAGACCCCUGUCCACGGGCCGCUGAAGGACCUGGGCGUGCUGGACAACUCCACGGUCAACAGCACAGAUCUGCUAGGGGAUGACCAGCAGCUGAUCUCAAAUGCAGCUCUGCUGCACAGCUCAUUCCUGGAUAAGGACUCCAACCAGAAUGAGCUCCCUCCGGCUGUCCACCUCGGCAACACAGAGAGGGGUGUUUCUGUCCAGAGGGAGGGUGUGGACGCGCUGAACAAUCUGACUCACACCCUGGCGGGCCUGAAGAUCCCAGCGGACCCAGAGACGGAUCUGAACCUGAACCUGAACCUGCAGGUUCGUGGCGAGCCCCUUGGCGCCGUCCCUGACAUGAGCAACAGACACACAGACACUGGCGCAGCAGAGCCCAAAAAGGCCAGGCCCCCGUCACUCAAAAUGAAGGAGUCCCUGAACAGGCCUGACCCCAGCGAGGUGGACGAUGAGGUCCCGGUCCUCAAGGCCAGCUACAACUUUGACCCAGAUCAAUACGAUGACAGCAUCAACCCGUUCACCAGCAGCAGCUCCAAGCUGCAGAAUUCCCCGCCCCCGUUUGCUGGUGGCAUCCAGACAGAACUACCCACGGAGAUCUCUGAGGAUUCCGCACAGGACGUCAAGCCUUUCAGGAUGGAAUUUGGCCUGACGGACGAUUCUGAGACUAGUGAGACGAAGAAAGCAUCACCUAAGAAACUGGGCAAAAAACCUGGCUCCAAACUUACUCCGAAGAAACAGAAACUUAAGCCAGCAGAGUCAAACCUGGAGGGCACCACUGCCCAGAGCUCAGAAAUCCCCAUCCCCAAAUCCUCCUACAACUUUGACGCCAACCAGAUGGAUGACCCCAACUUCAAUCCGUUUGGGGGUAAGGCCAACGUUAGCGGCUCCCCAGUCCUUCCCAAGGGAUCUUACUCCUUUGACCCAGAUGCCUUCGAUGACUCUGUGGACCCCUUUAAGCCUUCCAAAACGCUGGUUGGGGGAGACUCACUGAAGAUGGAUGCAGCAGUAGAGAAACUGGCAGAAGAUCCAGUCAGCCAGAAGCUAGACUUCUCCCUGGAGGCUGAGGGCAAAGGGAGGCAGUCACCAAAAAAGAGCAAGUCUAGGAUAUUGACGAAUGCGUGCAAAGUAAAGAAGUAUGAAAAUCAAUCUCUGGUGUUGGACGUCUGUGGUCAGGAGGAUGAGCCCAUUGUGUCCCAGGUCCCGGACAUCGCCCACCGUGAGGGCCAUGCCACCGAUGAGGAGAAGCUGGCCUCCACUGUCUCGGGGCAGAAACCGGGCAAGGAGGGCAAAGCUGAGAACGAGGAAGAGUUCCUGGACUGCACCAGCGUGCUCAACAAUAACAAGCCGCUGACAGGGGAAGGGAUGGAUGUGAGAAUCACAGACAUCCAAGACGAGAAAGACUCCUGCUUUCCUUAUGAAGACCCCUCCAGAGCCAAAAGCACAAAGCUAGCAGGAAGCGAGAACCAUGACAAAGCAAGUCCAGUUCUCGAUACCAUCUGCAUCAGUGAGGCUGACAAAGCAGCUGUUCUUACCCUGAUCAGAGAAGAGAUCAUAACCAAGGAAAUUGAGGUCAACGAAUGGAAGAAAAAACAUGCAGAGAGCAGACAGGAAGUCAUGGAAAUGAGGAAAAUUGUGGCAGAAUAUGAGAAAACAAUUGCACAGAUGAUAGAGGAUGAACAGCGCACUACCAUGAACUCCCAGAAGAGUGUCCAGCAGCUGACCAUGGAGAAAGACCAGGCCCUGGCCGACCUCAACUCCGUUGAACGCUCCCUCUCUGACCUCUUCCGGAGGUACGAGAACAUGAAGUCCGUCCUCGAGGGCUUCAAGAAGAAUGAAGAGGUGCUGAAGAAGUGUGCACAGGAGUACCUGGCCAGGGUGAAACAGGAGGAGCAGCGCUACCAGACCCUCAAGAUACACGCCGAGGAGAAACUAGACAAGGCCAAUGAGGAAAUCGCUCAGGUUCGCUCCAAAGCCAACUCUGAGAGCCUGGCUCUUAAUGCUAGCCUGCGGAAGGAGCAGAUGAAAGUGGAGUCUUUGGAGAGAGCCCUCCAUCAGAAGAAUCAAGAGAUCGAAGAGCUCACCAAGAUCUGUGACGAACUGAUUGCUAAAAUGGGGAAGACAGACUAAAAGAAAAAAACGCCUCUAGAGACCUAGGCAUAAUCCCUCUGCCCAUGCCUCCCCUCAGCCCUGCCUAUAUCUCCUCAACACUGUGCAUGUGACCGCGGAUAACACCCAGAGCUUCCCAGCAAUCAGCCGAUUCCUCUAGAAUGCCUUGCUGUGCUGACAAAUUAGGUAUCACAUUUUGACAGUCUUGAUUUUUCAAAUGAGAAGGCGCACAGGACUCCUAGCAGGUGCAGGCUGUCAUCUGACUCCAACGUCCAGCAUGCAGACGAAGACCUGAGGAUGAAUCAAAACCCUUAAGAUAGGUCGUCUUUCUGAACAAAUACACUCAUGUGAUGGUUCCUUUAUGUGACUGUGCGAGUAUUGCACAUCUAUCUAAUUAGUUGUUUGUGGAAAUGACAAGAUUAAAAUUAAGAAAAUUUUUUCAUUUCCUUACUUUUGCUCUACAUGAUUGAAAAUCUUUUCUUAUUUUUUUCAAACAGCAUUUGGCUACUUUACGUCUUCAGUGGCAAGAGAAACUCUUGACAGGAUAGGGGAGAUGCUUUUGUCGGAUGGAUGAGAGUGAGAUAGGGAGGGUGGAGAUAAUUUGCUCAGGAAAUGAGUGGUAAAUGAGACAUAAAUCCCUUAGUUCCUGGGAUUAGUUGGGCCUAAUCCCAACUACUGCCCCUGUAACAGUAGGAGUGGAAACAUUGACCAAUACAUUACAUCUCCACCUCUUUUUGCGAAUUUCAAAUAUACAAAAAAGAAAACAAGUUGUAUUUUAUUUGCCCUUGGCUAAGUAAGGGCACUGCUCUGCUUUUUUAGAAGCAGUGGUACUUUGUUCUUAAAUUUUCGAUGCGCUCUUAGUUGUGCCUAUGGAUGGGAAAUCAAAAAUUGAGCCUCAAGUCUCUUUGACAUUGGGAUCCAGGGAUCAGAACCCAUCCUGCAUUAGUAAUAUGCACUUAAAGCUAUACAAGGGUAGUUUAGUCAAUAUAGAUGAGCUGUAAUAGUGAUUUCCCCCACUACCUAAUCAGUGGAGGUGUUGCAUCAUCGCUAGCGAUGCACAAAUGCAGGCUAAAGCUACAAUAGUGCUGUUGCCAUUGUAUACCAGUAUACCUGUACAUCCAUUGUGACAUUGGAACCACAGCAUUGUAUUUUAGCAGUUUGCGUUUUUCUCCACAAAAGUAGAUAAGAGUACAGUUUCAUGAAUUCUGGUUUUCUUGAUAAAUUUUGCACUGCCCAAGAAAGCGUGAUGCUUAGUAGUAAAAAGUAUGAAAUCCUCAUUUUUACUGCAUGGACUUCUGUGUGAUCAUGAACAGCAAGUUCUUUUAUCAGGCCAAAUAUCAGCCUUAUGGGUACAGAAUGGGUUUAGCAAAUGCUGAUGUACUGUAACAGAAAUGACUGAAGUGAAUAAGAACAUGUAUGAAUAAAUACAUAACUUGGGAGUGUAUUUGAAAACAAUUGUAUAACCUUUCAGGUGUAUAUGGACGAGUUCCUCUCUCUUUUGCAGGUUGUUGUUGUUUAUGUAAUUCUCCUGAUACUUAUGCUCCAAAGAAUCAAUUUAAGAAUCUGUAAAAUGAUCAAGUGUUUUUUUUUUUUCAAAGCUGAAAUGGACACAACCUAACUGAAAAGAUAUGUUGUUGCUGAAUGAGUUUGUUACCACCAUAAAAAGACAACCUGAGUUUGUAAAUCUUUCGUUAACUGCCUACAUUUCUCCACUUUUCAAAAGUGUUUGCGGGUUAUGACAGGAGAAAGUGCCAGGGAAGCGCAGUGGUUGGUCUGGCUUCUCCCAUCGUUUUCUAUACACCCGGUCUGGAGGUCUGCCAAGACUGAAGAAAAGCCUUUUAGCCUGAGAGGCAGUGUCUCAACGAACAUCACCCCAGCUGUAGCUGCUCUCAUUCAUUCAUAAACACACACACACACACACACACACACACACACACACACACACACACACACACACACACACACACACACACACACACAGACAUACACUUUCAGUUGCACCAAUACUCCAUUAUCAACUGAAAAAAGACAGUGCUUUCUUUGUGCCAAAAGGAGAACAUUUUCUUAAGUCUGAAUUCAGAAAGUCUGACAGUGAUGUUGCAGCAACU